AUGGAAAAGGAAUUCGUUAGCAAAUUUAUUGAGCUGGUGCAGAAUCUCAUAGAACAAUGCAUGCAGCAAUAUAUGACUCCAACAGAAGUAGUGAACACACUACAAAAUAAAGCAAAGAUUGAGCCUGAACUCGCUCAAACAUUUUGGCGAAGGCUUGAAGAACAAAAUCCCGAGUUCUUCAGAAGUUAUUAUACAAGAUUAGCGGUGAUGCACCAAAUAGAGGAAUACAACAGAUUGUUGGAAAAACAAAAGCAAUUAAUGGAUGAAGAACAAACUAAAGUUGCAUCUACCUCCAAUGGAUUUCAUUCUCAUGCUGUUUCAUCACUACCUUAUUCUAAUAUCCCCGAUUUUAUUGAGAAUCCUUAUGUUUAUGCGCCGGAAACUACAGAAGGAUUAAUUAAUGGGGGUAUGGCUGAUAUGUUUGCUCAAGGAGAUAUUUCAACCAUGCCUCAUAUUCAAAAUUCAAACGGCAGAUCAUCAUCAUCAUCUGGUAUGGUUGACAUGUCUGUUCAUGAAGACAUUCCAGUACCUGCAUGUUCAAUUUCUUCUCCUCACAUGUUUGGUUCUGAUGUAAAUGUCAAUGAGGCCAGCCCAAAUGUAGGCAAUGCUUCCGCUACGCCGAUCACUAGUGCCAACUCUACCUUACAUUCGGUGAAUGAAUCAGUUGCGGAUCGUCCAUUCACUUAUGCGAUCGGAAAGGGUUGGAACCACUUGAUGUCAGAACUGAUCCCCGAAUCAGAUUAAACUGGUGGUGAAAAGAAAAAAAUAAAAGUUUAAAAAGAUGAGCUAUUUCAAUAUUCUUUUAGUUACAAUGGAACAAAGAAUCGAAUCCAGGAUUUCAUGCAUGUUAUUCAAACUCCUUACCACUAGACUAAACUUAGUGACUUUGUACUAAU